UGACCGCCACGUGGACAUCAUACGUCUCAAUAACCAAUCAUAGAAUGGUUGUGACGACGUUCACGGUGAGUUGCAGUACCCGAUCCCUUUUAAGGUCCGUGACAGAAUAAUUUUGAAACCAGCAAGACAAAUUUAGUCAAACCAAAAAAAAAAAAAAAACGAAAGCGCAAAGACUAAGGAGAAAAGAAAUUCUUCGCUUCUUCUCCGGUGUAAUCAUGACAACCUCAAAAAGACUAGCAGACAGGAAGAUUGAGAAAUUCGACAAGAACAUAUUGAAAAGAGGAUUUGUUCCUGAGACCACCACCAAGAAGGGUAAGGAUUACCCUGUUGGUCCCAUCCUCCUCGGCUUCUUUGUCUUUGUUGUCAUUGGAUCAUCUCUCUUCCAGAUCAUCAGGACCGCAACUAGUGGAGGAAUGGCUUAAACCCAAUCACAUUCAAGCUGGAAGAUUGCAAUUCUCAAAUUGAUGAAUCAUCACUUUCUUCUCUUCUGACUUGUCUCUUUUUUUCCCUUAUACUGUAGAAUGUGACUACUUUCUGUUGACUACAUGUUAUUGAAAGAAUUUUUGAGUCUUUUUCUAAUAUCCACUCUUUACUAUUGUCUUGAUACCAAAUACAAGCACCGUUAAACUAUUUAACGUUGAAUUGGUGAAACUAUUUCCCUCGGCCAAAUUGUUCGGUGAACGAAAGAUCUGAUCUGUGAAGAGUUUAGUUGAAUAGAUUCGGCUGAUGGAUUGGUAGGGAGAGACACCAUGCGGUUGGUGGAAGGUACCCGUGAUAGAGUCUUGACGUGAACAACUUAGUCCAAGAGUUAGGAGACACAAUAAUGAUAAGUAGCCGUCAAUAUAUCUUUUGAUCCGAAUUUGAACUUAUUAUAUGCUUUACUUGGCAAAUGAUAUGAAAAACUUG